ACACGAAACACAAGACAAAAAAUAAAUUGAAAAAACUUGAGUAGAAAGAAAAUGAAUCGCCAUCAUAGAAGGGGUAGUUUCGUCAUAUCAAACAUAUAUAAUUUCAUUAUACACCCCCCUCUCUCUCUUCAAAAUUUUCACCCUCUUGUUUUUUUUCUUCAACCAUUUCAGAAAACUUUCACAAAAUCAACACAAACCCAUCAAUCAAAUCAUAAAUUCAUCAUCACAAUAUCAAAAUCAAAUCUCCAAUUUCUCAAUUCAUAUCUUAAUAUCUCAUCAUUAUUUGAUUUAUAAAAAAAACCCUAAUCUCUCUCUUAUUUUCGCCAAAAAUAUAAAUUGAAUCCUUUUCAUUAUUAUUUUAGCGAUUAAUUUGGGAUUUUGUAUAUUUUCUAUUUGGGUUUUUUGUAUAAUUUCAUUCUAUGGCGAAAGGAACAAAUUCCGAUGAGUUUAUGGUUCUUUCUAGGGUUAGAACAGGUUUGAAGAGAGAGUUUGCAUUUGCAAUGAAGGCACAAUCUGAGAUCGAUUGUUCAUUGGGUCGAACAAGGGGUGGUAGUAAGAACCGGAAUGAGGCACCGGUUCAGGAGAUACCGGUUGGGAAAAAAGCAAGGAAAACUGGUUUAGAAGAUGUGGGGGGUGUAAUGAGUGAAGAAGAGGCUAAAAGUGAUGUUGUGGAUCUUGUUAGUGAUGAUGACCCUAGGGUUUUGGUUGGUGAAUUGGAAUCUGUUAAGAGUGUUGUUGAUACUGUGAUUGAUGAUGAUGAAACCCUUUUGGUUGAUGAGAAUUUGAAUGAAGAAAAAGAUAAAGUUGUGAAUGAAAUUGAAAUGGAAAUUUGUGAAACCAAAGAGGAUAAAAAUGAUGGUGCUAAUGAAGAAAAAGAAAAAGUUGUGAAUGAAAUUGAGAUGGAAAUUUGUGAAACCAAAGAGGAACAAAAAGAGGAUAAAAAUAAUACCCUUUUUGAUGAUGGUGCUAAUGUUAGUGUUAGUGUUAGGAAAAGGAAGAAGGUUACUUUGGAGAAACCAGUGAGAAGGUUUACAAGAUCAGCAUUGAAACAAAAAGAUGAAGAAACUAAGGAUAAUAAUGUUGUUGGAAUGGUUGAUAAUGUAGUUAAUAGGGAAACUGAUGUUUUACCGGUUAUGUCAACUCCGACUCCGAUGAAAUUGUCUAAGUCUGGUUUGAAGAAGUUUCCUGUCAAGUUAAAGGAUUUUUUGGCUACUGGAAUUCUUGAAGGGUUGAAAGUGAGAUAUGUCAAGGGACAGAAGGCGCGUAAACCUGGAGAAAAAGAUUUGCCAGGAGUGAUUAGAGAUGCCGGGGUUUUGUGCUUUUGUGAGAGUUGUAAGGGGACUAAGGUUGUCACGCCGACUGUUUUUGAGUUGCAUGCUGGUAGUGCUAAUAAACGUCCUCCGGAGUAUACUUACCUUGAGAAUGGAAGACCCCUUCGUGAUGUCAUGAAUGCAUGUUUGGGUUUUUCAUUGGAUAAGCUGGACGAAGCUGUCCAAUUGGUCCUUGGUGAUUUCACUUUGCAGAAAUCUAAUAUCUGUUUCAAUUGCAGAGGGCCAAUUUCUGAAUCUAGUAACGGCGUGUCAAAACUAGUAUGCAAUUCAUGCAUGGAGUUGAAUGAGGCUCAAACUAGUAGCCAACUUCAAACAGCAGCAACAUGCAGUAAAAGUAUUCCCCCAGUAGUUCAACCCAGAUCACCAGAAACAGUAGUAGUUCCAGAGUCAUUAAUCACUGGGAUGGCGGUUCCAAAGUCAUUAAACAAUGAGAUGGCAGUUCCAAAGUCAUUAAACACUGAGAUGGUGGUUCCAAACUCGUUGAACAGUGAGAUGGCGGUUCCAGAGUCAUCAAACACCCAGAUGAUUCCAAAGGGAUUAAGCACUAGGAUGAAGCAGAGCGCAUCUCGUGGCAAGAGUCGGGGAAAAAUAACUAGAAAGGAUCUAGGGUUGCAUAAGUUGGUAUUUGAAGAGGACGUGUUAGAAGAUGGAACUGAAGUAGCUUACUAUUCUCAUGGAAAGAAACUAUUGGUCGGUCACAAACAGGGAUACGGAAUUAAAUGUUCCUGUUGCGAUACUGAGAUUAGUGCUUCUCAGUUUGAAGCUCAUGCUGGAUGGGCAUCUCGACGCAAGCCUUACCUGCACAUUUAUACAUCUAAUGGAGUCUCACUACAUGAGUUGUCCCUCUCUAUAUCGAAAGAUCGGAGAUUUGCUGCCAGUGAUAAUGAUGACCUUUGCAGCAUAUGUCAAGAUGGAGGGGAUCUUUUGUGUUGUGAUGGAUGCCCAAGGGCUUUUCACAUAGAUUGUGUUCCUCUUCCAUGCAUUCCAAGUGGUACUUGGUAUUGUAAAUAUUGCCAGAAUAAUUUCCAGAUGGAGAGUAAUGUGCAACGUAAUGUGAAUGCUCUCGCAGCUGGAAGGAUUGCAGGCGUUGAUCCUUUAGAACAGAUAAGCCGAAGAUGCAUUCGCAUUGUCAAAAGUGUAGCUGUCGACCAUGGGGGAUGUGCCUUGUGCGGAGGUCAUGAUUUCACUAAAUUAUUUAGUCCUCGAACAGUAAUGAUUUGUGAUCAGUGUGAGAGGGAAUUUCAUGUUGGGUGUUUGAAGGAGAAUAACAUGCAGAAUUUAGAGGAAUUACCUGAAGGGGAUUGGUUCUGCAGCACAAGUUGUAAUCAUAUUCAUUCUUCUCUAGUGAAUUUGGUCGCUUCUGGGGAGAAUAGUCUCCCGGAUUCUAUUAUAAGUUUGAUAAAAAAGAAGCGUGACACUGGCGCUAAAGAGAAAGGUGCAGACACUGGCGCUGAAGAGAAGGGUGCAGACACUGGCGCUGAAGAGAAGUGUGCAGACACUGUCGCUGAAGAGAAGGGUGCCGACACUGUCGCUGAAGAGAAAAGUGCCGACUCUGUCGCUGAAGAGAAGGGUGCAGAUACUGUUGCUGAAGAGAAGGGUGCAGAUACUGUUGCUGAAGAGAAGGGUGCAGACACUGACGCGGAAGAGAAAGGUGCAGACACUGAUGCGGAAGAGAAAGGUGCAGACUCUGUCGCUGAAGAGAAGGGUGGAGACACUGGCACUGAAGAGAAAGGUGCUGACACUGGUGCCGAAGAGAAAGGUGGAGACACUGGCGGUGAAGAGAAAGGCAUAGACACUGGUGUUGAAGAGAAAGGCGCAGACACUGGUGUUGAAGAGAAAGUUGGAGACACUGGUGUUGGUCCUGACAUUAAAUGGAGGGUUCUGAGCUGGAGGUUAGUUGCGUCUGGUGAAAAUAAGCAAUUGUCUAAUGAAUAUAGGCAAGUGCUUUCAAAGGCUGUUUCAAUCUUCCAUGAGCAAUUUGAUCCUAUCGUUGAUUCUUCUUCUGGCCGUGAUUUCAUUCCGGCAAUGCUGUUUGGAAAGAACAUCCAUGGACAAGAUUUUGCUGGAAUGUACUGUGCAGUGCUCACUGUCAACCAAGUUGUUGUUUCUGCUGGAGUAUUUCGUGUCUUUGGACCAGAAGUAGCAGAACUUCCCUUGGUGGCAACAGACGGCAAGUACCAAGGACAGGGUUACUUUCAGUGCCUGUUUUCUUGCAUUGAGAGACUACUUCGAUCUUUAAGUGUGAAAAACCUUGUCCUUCCGGCUGCUGAAGAAGCUAAAUAUAUAUGGACUAAUAAAUUUAAGUUUACAAAGCUCGAGCAGGAUGAGAUAAACAAUUAUAAGAGAUUUUAUCGUAUGAUGGUCUUUCAAGGGACCUCAAUACUACAGAAGCCUGUUUGUGCACUACCAAGUACUUCUAAGGAGGAAACUGUGUAAAGUUUUUAGAGGCCAUCUUAUGAAAUGGCCUUUGUUUUGGGUUUAUUUUGAUGGGUGCAGGGUACACUUUUAUUCAGUAUAUACAGAGUGGACCUGCCUUUUUGGUGUACAGAGAAACAAAACCUCUUACUGAUGCAAUUUUUUGUAGAGAAAUUAAAUGAGAUUAGAAUUGAACAUUGAGGAAACUAGGACAUGGGAGAAGGGAUGUUGAGAAGCUAGCCUAAUUUUUGGUUGUUACUAACUCACUUAUUAGCUGCCAUCGAGCGGUUUUAAUGUGAUUCUGAUUUGAAUCUAAAGAUUUUGGCUUAA